AUGUCGAACACUAAGAUCCCUCCCGCCAACGGUCUCAAGAUUCUGCAUGCUCUUGCUAAUGAAGAUGUCGAGAAUCGUCCUGCUUCGACAACAACAGAGAAUAUUGGAUUUGAGCAGACUGAAGCACCAUCAUCUACUGAGCUUCCCAAAUGCGUUCAAGCAUCGAACAGUGCCCUGAAAAGUGAUUUGGUAAAACUUCCAGCGGACUUGGAGUCUUCCUCGUUGACUUCAGGAGACCGCGGCGCUUCAAGCAGUAUUGUCUCUACUGUCGCCUCAAGCAAACCAUCAACAGUCAACCCUGCCAUAGUACAGCCUGCAUCCGAAACGAUCGGCGGUGAAGAUGCCGACGAUGGAUCUGAUGCAAGCACACUUGUUCUGCAAAGUACCACAACAUCCUUAUCAGGAUCCAUCAGCAUUGUUACCGAAGAUUCAGACGGCAGUAACGUAUCUUCGGAUGGAUUAACUCCCAAGAAGCCUGGUUCCGUAGACAGCGAUGCAACGAAACCAAUCGUGGGCAGUCAUAGAAAUGAUUCUCCUUCAGACGUCAACAAGCUAGAUGUCAAUUCGCUCGGGGUUAUUGGGAGAAACCAAGAAAUAUCCAUCCUUAGACGCUGCUUCCAAAGGUUGUUAAGCUCUGACGAUGAGAAUGACUCUUGUGACAAACAAUCGGUCUCUCAAAAUGAGCUCGUUUUCAUUUCAGGCUUUUCCGGGAUUGGCAAGUCGACAUUAGCACAGUCGCUCCAACCUGACGUAGCAUCGAUAGGUGGAAUAUAUGUGGAGGGAAAAUACGCAUUUUCGUCGAUCGACGAGCCUUACUCUGGCGUGGCACAAGCUUUUGGUGACUUAUGCAGCAAGUUUAAGUCCUGUGCUCCAGAAGUAAUUUCAAGUAUUGGGAAGACGAUACGAGAUUCCAUGCACGAAGAAGCUAAUAUGCUGAUGGAAUUGAUCCCAGAGCUAUGCAUUUUCCAGCACUCUGAGGAUGCGACUACCAGCACUUAUUAUAGUGGCGCAAAUGCAGCAGAAAACGACCACGAACUGUGGAAAUUUGCGUUCCGCAUGUUGACUAGGAUACUUGGGUCACGCUUCUAUCCCAUUGUGAUUGUUCUAGACGAUCUUCAGUGGGCUGAUAUAUCGUCGCUCGAUAUUUUGGAUUGUUUGAUAUCUGACGUGGAGAAUCCACGACCUUUGAUGAUUAUUGGAUGCUACCGAUCCAACGAAGUCGACGAGAAUAGCAUGCUCUUCAAUCGCAUUCGAACACUCCAAGAAAAAUGCACAAAGUUUGGUUUUCGGAUCACGGAUAUUGAACUGCAAAACUUUGAUCCUGACGUCGUGAACAAGAUGAUUAUGACGGUGUUGUCCAGUGACAUCAAAUCUAUUAAUAAUGAAUCAAAGACUCGGGAUCUGGCGGAAGUUUGCUACAAACGUACACUGGGUAAUCCGUUUUUCGUAAUCGAGUUCAUUAAGAUGCUUUGUACUAAGGGUUUGUUGGAGACUCGUUCGGGACAGUGGGUGUGGAAUGUCAAACAAAUCGAAGAUGAGACCAUAUCGGCGGGCAACGUUACCGACUUGCUUCAAGCGCCAAUGAGGAAACUUCCUCACGAUAUGCAAUUGCUAUUGCAAUACGCAGCCUGCCUUGGACCUUCGUUUACUUUUUCGACGUUGAAGUUUGUUUGGAAGAACCAUGCGAUAUUGAUCUUGGAGAGUGCAGAUCCGGAUGUGGCUGGCAUCCUACACGUGCUUGAGGAAGCAAAUCUGUUGGUGACUUCUAGACCAGGAGAGCUCGAAUGGGUUCACGACAAGGUCCAAGGGGCAGCUUUGUCGCUAUCAGACUUGGUUACUCCUUGGUUCCAAUUCGGACUCGGUGUUUGUCUUUACGAAGGCUUAAGCGAGUCGCGCCUUGAGAAGCAGCUAUUUGCGGUUGUCGAUCUUAUUAAUAAAGGCAACAUGACCGAAAGAUUCGAUCUCGCUGCGCUGAAUCUGCGAGCCGCAAAGAAGGCUCGCAAGAUGGCAGCCUUUCAAAGCGGAGAGCGAUACGUCGCUAAUGGCAUUAGACAACUACCUGAAGACGAAAUGUGGACCACAUCUCGCUAUCUGACACUAGAACUCUAUUCGCUUGGUGCAGAAAUGAAUGUGACACUUGGCAAUAUAGGUGCGGCGGAGAAAUACAUUCGAGUAGUAUUGGAUCGGAAGGAAUACUCACCAAUGGAGACAAUGCAGCUGAGAAUGAUGAAUGUGAAUAUACUUGAAAGUGUAGAACUCAGGCCUGCUGAUGCAGUUAGCUACGCUGUUCAAACAUUGAGGGACAUCGGGUACGACUUUGUUCGGAGUAAAAAAUUGAGCCCUGCUGAAGUGUUGGCCGUCGUGAUGAAAACCGGCAAGCGGCUGGAAAAACUGCCUGUUGAUCAUUUCGAAAAAGCUGGGUACAUGGAAGACGAACGACAGAUAGGAAUCGUGAAUAUGCUGUCAAGGCUCCAAAUAGCUGCAUACAACGGGAGCGAUAUUUUCUUCAGCUUUUUGUGCGUUUGCAAGGUUAUUGAGCUUACUGUUGAUCAUGGUAUCUAUGUUCUCUCUGCAGCAAGUUUUGCUAGUCUCGGAGCCGCGACUAUGAUUACGAAGAACGACCAUGCGUUAUCUUUGCAUUUAUGUAACAUUGCCUUUUCAAUACAAAAGAGGUUUGGAAUACGGAAUGCUGCUGAAACAAUCCACAUCAGUUGGGGCUUUGUGCUUUGUAUUGUACAUCCAUUGUAUGAAGCGCUGAACCCAAUGCUUGAAGGGUACUCGAAAGGGAUGAGGGAAGGAGAUACCAAAAGGGCCACUUUCAAUCUACUUGUUCGCUAUAUGUUCUUGCCAUACAUUAUGGGCCGCCCGCUUGGUUCCAUCCUUAACAAGCUGGAAAAGAUUGAACCGCAACUGGAGGAAUCAAAGCAAACGAAGGUACUACUACAACUUCGAGUUUGCUGGCAGAUGAUGAUAAAUCUACAAUUACGGCCUAGUGAAGCUGCAAAGAAACUCGAAGGAGAAAAGUACAGUCAAUCUUCGGACAGCUUUGCGGGCGUCCCGAGCAAAGUCGCCACUGAAAAUCUAGCAACAGGGGAACUUCUUCUUUUCUUCUCGGACCAUGCAGCACGCACAAAGCUGUUGAUGGGAAAAGAGAAGGGGAACUCAUAUACCGAACAACUUAAGGGAUAUUUUGUUGGUCGCAUCGAGACAUUUCAUCGAGGUAUUGCUUGGUUUGCAAUGGCACGACAGACGGGAGAUCGAAAGUUCAGGUCCGAAGCAAUAAAAAUUAAGAAGCAAAUCUCGAAGUGGUCUGAAGCAGGAGAUCCCAAUGUCAAGCACUACGAUCUCAUGUUGACCGCGGAACUGGCAGCGUUGGACAAGAAGUAUGACUACGCAGAUAAGAUGUACAAGCAGGCCAUAUCUCAUGCGGUAGGGAAUGAUCACCUCCACCACGCUGCUCUUUUUCAUGAGAGGUUUGCCGAGUAUCGAUUACAGAUGCGUAAUGAUCGAUACGAUGCAAUGCGCCACAUGGACCAAGCGAUUUGGUAUUACACUGAGUGGGGUGCUGUUGGUAAAGCCGAACAGCUUAAGAAUGUCGUCCAGAAAUGGUGA